AUGGAAGGAUGCAGCUCCGGAGACUGCAACGCAUAUGGAAACAGCACCAGCCAAGGUUUCACCGAAUCUGAUUAUGAUUUCGAUGAAGAACUUGAUGAAAGAAAAAACGGAACCGAUGAGUUCAAGAAUAUUAUCCCAUCUAUCAGCGGUGCCCUAGAACGACCAAGAGGAGAAAAUGAACAAUGUGAUAUCAAGGAAGCCAAUACCACACCCACAAAGGACAUUCUUAAGGAAUCUGUACCUAUGGAUAUACCAGCUAGGAGAAGAGACGGAAAAGGCGUUUCUAUAAGUAUGUACCCUCACGAAAAGCAUGAGGAUUUAGAGCUAGAUCCAAAAGAGCAGAAGUCUUCAGUUCGAUUCCGCAUCCACGAAAAUCGCCAGGUGUCACGGAUCCAACAUGCUGCUCUUAUGCUGAGUACGUUGGUUCUUGUUUUUAUGAUCUGUUGGACGCCAUUUGCUGUGGUCAAGAUGUAUAGUUCUUUUUCUGAAAGAGGCUACGUGCCUCAUUUAGUCACCACACUAACGGAAAACCUCGUGUGGUUGAACUCGACGAUCAAUCCGAUCAUUUAUGCAGUUACAAACCCACGGUUCCGAAAGAAUUUCAUUCGACUUAUCCACCUCAGGUCAUGUUGCCAAAGACGCUAA